AGUCAAACAGACGUUUGGGGAGGAAGUGCGCUCACUGUCUCGCUGGACGGAGUGAGUUACAGUCACAGGAUAUUUUAUCUUCAAUGAAAUUCUCCUGAAGGAAUGGACCGAGAUAAAGACAGCACCGCGCCACAUGGCAAAAUGUUUGGAAUAAAAGUGAAGAAGAAACACAGGAAAGGACACAAGGGUGUUGUAAUCGCAAACAAAAACGCUCUAGAGGCUGAGCCUGAAACUAAUCCUGAUGAUCCAGAUGUGGUAGACGUACCCCAGCCUGGACUCUCUGAAGCGUCCACCUCUGCACCUGCUUCCUUCAGACAGGCGGUUUAUGCUAAGAGGUGUAAACCUAUGGCCAAAAUCUUGGAAGGUGAAAGCAAACCACAAAAUUUCCAGAUCUCCAUCAAUAUAACAGAGGCCAGGCAGCUAGUCGGGGACAAUAUAGACCCUAGUGUCGUGAUUGAAAUUGGAGAUGAGAAAAAGCAAACAUCUGUGAAAGAAGGAACCAAUGCUCCCUUUUACAACGAGUAUUUUGUGUUUGACUUCUAUUGCAAUCAAGACAUCUUUUUUGACAGAGUCAUCAAAUUAUCUGUCAUGCACUCAAAGAUCAUGAAGAGCUUCUGUGUGGGAACCUUCAAGAUUGAUGUUGGGACAGUUUACUCCCAGCCUGGUCAUCAGUUCAUCAAUAAGUGGGCCACUCUCACAGACCCCGCUGACAUCCGCAUUGGGGUGAAAGGUCACCUGAAGUGUGAUAUCAGCGUGUCAGGAAAGGGAGAUGUUGCGGCACCAUCUCAAAAGUUCAGUGAUGCUGAAGAACAGAUAGAAAAACAUCUCCUGCUUCCUGAAGGUUUAAACCCUGAGCGGCCGUGGGCUCGUUUCUAUGUGAUUGUGUACCGUGCCGAGGGUCUUCCCAGGAUAAACUCCAGUAUUAUGGCAAACGUGACCAAAGCCUUUGUUGGAGACACGACAGCCCUCAUAGACCCUUAUGUAGAGGUGUCGUUCUUCGGGCAAGUUGGCAGGACGUCUACUCAGAAGAGCACAGCAGACCCAGUGUGGAACGAGCAGGUGGUGUUUAAGGAGAUGUUUCCUCCAUUGUGUCAAAGACUGAAGAUACGGGUUUUAGACGAGGGAAGCAUGAAUGAUGUGGCCAUUGGGACUCAUUACAUUGAUCUACACACCAUCUCAAAUGACAAUGAUGGAGACAAUGGUUUCCUGCCCACGUUCGGACCAGCGUGGAUCAAUCUCUAUGGUUCACUUCGUAACUCCACAUUGGUGGACGACAGCCAGGAGCUGAACGAGGGUGUUGGAGAGGGGGUGUCCUACAGAGGCAGGGUUUACAUAGAGCUGAGUGUGGAGAUCCUGUCUGGAGGUGCUCCCGACUCUAAAUCCAUGCUCUCAAAAAUCAGUCUGAAGGAUACCAAAGGAGGAAAACCUGGGGCGAAAGAUCCCAAAACUGGGCCUGGAGCCGGAGGAGAGGAGGAGAAGUCUAAGACUAUUGGGCCUGAGGUGAUGCCAGUGGAGCCCCCACAGAAGAUAAAUGAUGAAGACAUGGAAACCUUCCUGCUCUUUGGCUGUGUUUUUGAGACCUCCAUGAUUGACAGAAGAAUCGGCGAUAGACCUGUCAGCCUCGAGUUCACCGUUGGUAACUUUGGGAACUUAAUUGAUUGUACUGCACCGCCUCCUUCAAAGAAAAAGUUUGAAGAUGUGUCGGUGACCACUCCUCUACUGGACACUGCAGCAACAAUGCCAUGCAAAUCUACUACAACACCAGAAAGACCUCUUUUUGGAGAUGCACAGAGGCAUUAUAUGCACUUGCCCAUUGGAGCGCAGAAGCCCUGUGUGUAUAUUUAUAGCAGCUGGGAGGAUCGAGCGUACCGACUCCAUCACGCCAACAUGCUGGACACAAUUGCUCUGAUGUUUGAGGAGGGAGUCGCGAAGGUGGCAGAACUGGAUAAAAUGUUGUCCCCAGAAGCUGGGACUCUCAUGCAUCAUAUUCUUCGGGAAUUUAGAAGAGAUGCCAGUGAGUUUAUUGCUUUUGCUGAAAAGAAGGUGAAGGGAAGCAACUUGACCUUACUGGAUAAAAAGAGGCUUACUCUGUGCAAACAGGAGCUGGAGAGCAUGACGGAAGUAGCAGGAGGACUCAUUGAGCCCAAGAGGAGAUCUUUGACUGUAAAAGAGAUGAUGCUGGAAGCCCAGAAAAUUAAAAAGAAACUCAGAUUCCUUGUGGAAGAGCCUCAACACACUUUACCAGAUGUGUUUGUGUCUCUGGUCAGUAAUAACAAGCGUCUGGCGUAUGCCAGAAUCCCUGCCCGUCAUCUGCUCUUCUCACAGAGUCCGGAGCAGAAAGGCCGAGACUGUGGGAAGAUCAAGACCCUCUUCCUCAAGCCUCCAGGGAAGCGUGGACCAGGAUGGACAGUCCAGGCUAAACUUGACGUGUAUUUAUGGCUGGGAACUAGCAGAGAUUCAUCCCACAUGUUGGACAAUCUCCCAUCAGGCUUUGAACUGGAAGGCAUCUCAUCUACGGACAGGACUGGCCCUCCUCCUGAUUAUUUACUUUACACAGAGCAGCACUUGUUCCAGCUGAGGGCUCAUAUGUACCAGGCCCGAGGUCUCAUCGCAGCAGACAACACGGGCCUCUCAGACCCCUUUGCCUGGGUGUCUUUUCUGUCCAGUAGCCAAAGCACUGGUAUCAUCAAGCAAACACUGACUCCCACAUGGAAUCAGCUGAUCCUGAUAAAUAAUGUGUAUUUGUGUGGAGGGCUUUACGAAAUAGUCCAGGAGCCACCGCUUGUUGUGAUUGAGGUGUAUGAUGAUGAUGCAGUGGGUAUAGAGUACCUGGGCUCGACGGUGGCUGUCCCUGUAGUCAGGCUGUCAGAUGAGCGGUACUCUCCUCCUCAGCUGCAGUACAGCCCUCUGUUCUGUGGCGGUCUUUCAGGAGGAGACAUCCUGGGAGCGUUUGAACUCAUUCAGAUCUCAAAGUCAGGAGAACACCCACUUCCUGAUUUAGAUGAGCCAGAUGGAGGGGUUAUCCCAGUACCCUCAUACAUUCGACCUGUGCUCUGCAAGUACAGAAUUGAGGUUUUGUUCUGGGGCCUCAGAGAAUUGAAAAAGGUUCAGCUUUUAUCUGUCGAUCGGCCUCAAGUUUUUAUCAAGUGUGCAGGAGGUGGUGUCAACUCUUCAGUGAUACAGAGUUACAAGAAAAACCCGAACUUCACAAUACUUGUGGAUGCCUUUGAUGUGGAGCUGCCUGAAGACGAACACCUCCUUCCUCCUCUCACUAUCACUGUGGUGGACUGGAGGGCCUUUGGGCGGAGCACGCUUGUGGGUAGUCAUAUGAUCAACAACCUGGCCUUAUUCAAACACAUCCCCUCACCUAUUCAACAGCCCCAACCAGAACCCAGAAAUAUAGCAGUGGCUCAGCUGUCUCUGCAGCAGAGUGUUGUUCCACCGCCUAAUGAGGAGAUUGCCAUCGAAAUAGAUCAGGAGGAAAUAAUCACCCCUUUCCCUAAAACUGAGCCAGACUUCCAGGACAAGAAGGUGUCGAAGAAGAGCAAACGAAGGUCUACGAAAAGGAAGAAACGCACUACAGCUGAUGAGUCUGCUGAUAAUGUCAUUGAUUGGUGGUCGAAAUAUUAUGCAUCAAUGGAGAAGAUCCAACUGGCAAAGCAAAAAGAAAACAAUCCAUUUCCUCUGCUCUUUGAAAACAUAACUCCUCUGGAGAACAUUAUUUCCGAAGGACUGAUCAGUCUGGCUUCAAACAUUAAGGACAAGAAAAAGGAAGUGAAUUACAAGAGUGUGACAGAACAGCCCAGACUAGCAACGCUCCAGGUGUAUGACAAAGAGCUGGAGGCUGAGUUUGGGCCUUUUGACGACUGGGUGAAAACCUUUGAACUCUAUCGAGGAAAGGCCAAUGAGGAAGAAGGCUCUGCUGACGACAGAUUUGUUGGAAAGUUUAAGGGCAGGUUUUGUCUGUACAAGCUGGCAGAAACGGAUAAUGAGGAGGAGGAUGGAUAUUUGGAUUCUGGGCAGUUUAAAAUAAACCAGGGUAUUCCUCCGAACACUGCAGUGGAUGUACUUAUCCGUGUGUAUGUAGUUGCAGCCUUCAACCUGCACCCUGCGGACCCAGAUGGCAAAGCAGAUCCUUACAUAGUUCUGAAACUUGGGAAAACUGAGAUCAAAGACAGAGACAAUUACAUCCCAAAGCAGCUCAACCCGGUGUUUGGAAGAUCCUUUGAAUUUCAAGCCACUUUUCCCAAGGAAUCCCUGCUAACUAUUCUCAUCUAUGACUAUGACACUAUCGGCGGAGAUGAUUUGAUUGGAGAAACACAGAUUGAUUUGGAGAACCGUUUUUACAGCAGACAUCGAGCCACCUGCGGCCUGCCCACCGAAUAUGCCAUUGAGGGUUACAAUGCCUGGAGGGACUGCAUGAAGCCAACAGAACUGUUGAUUAAGCUUUGCAAAGAAAACAGACUGGACAACCCUCAAUUUUCUCCGGGACGUAUUACCAUUGGCAGUAAAGUUUUUAUGGGGAAAACUGUAUUUGCUGAUGAAGAUCAGAUGGUGGAGUCGUACGAGCACCUGGCUCUAAAGGUGCUGCACAGGUGGCCUGAGAUGCCCAACGGGGGUUGUAAACUUGUGCCAGAGCAUAUCGAAACUCGCGCACUCUACCUCAAGGACAAACCAGGAAUAGAACAGGGUCAUCUACAGAUGUGGGUGGAUAUUUUUCCAAUGGAUAUGCCUCAUCCUGGCCCUCCUGUGGACAUUUCCCCUCGCAAACCCAAAGGGUAUGAGCUGAGGAUCAUUAUCUGGAACACUGAAGAUGUAAUAUUGGAGGACACCAACUUCAUAACAGGACAGCAGUCAAGUGACAUUUACGUCAAAGGAUGGUUAAAGGGGCUUGAAGAUGACAGCCAGGAAACUGAUGUCCAUUACAAUUCUCUGACUGGAGAGGGUAACUUCAACUGGCGCUUUGUGUUCCCCUUUAACUACCUGCCAGCUGAGAAAGUGGUGGUGGUACAAAAGCGAGAAAGCAUCCUCUCUCUGGACAAAACUGAACAGAAGAUCCCCGCAGUCCUUGUGAUGCAGGUGUGGGACUUUGAGAGGCUUUCUUCUGAUGACUUUCUGGGCUCAGUGGAGUUGGACCUGCAUGGGUUUCCACGUGGAGCUAAAUCAGCUAAAGUUUGUAAGAUGGAAAUGCUGACAGAAACCACAGAAAACAUCUCUAUCUUCCAGCAGAAACGCUCCAAAGGCUGGUGGCCCUUCAUUAAAGCUGGAGAACUCACAGGGAAGGUGGAAGCAGAGUUUCAUCUGGUAACAGCUGAAGAGGCAGAGAAAAAUCCAGUGGGACGUGCACGCAAAGAGCCAGAGCCUCUAGAGAAACCAAAUCGUCCAGACACUUCCUUCUCCUGGUUUAUGAACCCUUUCAAGUGCUUCUUUCACCUGAUCUGGGGGAACUACAAGAAAUACAUCAUUGCCGGACUGGUGCUGCUGAUUGUGACCCUGUUCCUGGUUCUUAUCUUCUACACCCUACCAGGGGCAAUCAGUAGUAAGAUAGUCAAUGGCUAAUCACACACCCGGAUUAAGUAACUGGACACCAAUGGGAACAGAUUUAACUACUUUUCAUUGUUGCUUUAAUGAAGCAAAUAUUUACAGUAAAUGCUUGCUCUGCAGGCAGAACACAACUAACUCGGUUGAUUUUAGCAUCUUUUAUUUAAUUCACACCAACAAAUGUAAUACUUACGACAUUACAUGUUUAUUCAUCUUCAAACAACAUAAAACACUGAACAUAGCACAUGAAAACUGUAAAAAACUAAUGUUUAUAAAUCGCAUCCCACCUACUGUAAACCGUUGAACUUUUGUUCUACUGUAGAGCUUUCAAACUAAAUAAAUGAUUGUUAAGUGACUUUAAGACAGAAUAACUCAAAAAUGAUCAGUUGUGUAAAUACAGUGACAUAAAACAAGCAACCACAACCCCAAUGAGUCCAUGUAAUGUAAAUUUGUGAUUGUUGCAAAGGGUUAAAAUAACAUUUAUUCACCGUCUUUGUGAAACAUACUGUGUAUCUAAAAAUGAUAGUGUUUUAUUCUCAGCUGAUUGAAAUUCCUUGUCAUUUCUCAGAAUGCUAAUUAAACUGAAUUUAACUG